CCUGCUGCAGGUGUGAUGGACAGGUAGCAGAAGAUUUCACUUGGAUAUCAGGGAAUCAGAAUGACUGAGUGCUUCCUGCCUCCCACUAGCAGCCCCAGUGAACACCGUCGGGUAGAGCACAGUGGGGGUCUUGCUCGUACUCCCAGCUCUGAAGAAAUCAGCCCUACAAAAUUCCCUGGAUUGUACCGCACUGGUGAGCCUUCCCCGCCUCAUGACAGCUUGCAUGAGCCUCCAGAUAUAGUAUCUGAUGAUGAAAAAGAGCAUGGGAAGAAGAAAGGAAAAUUUAAGAAGAAAGAAAAAAGAACGGAAGGUUAUGCUGCAUUUCAAGAGGACAGUUCUGGUGAUGAAGCUGAGAGUCCUUCAAAGUUGAAGCGGUCCAAAGGAAUACAUGUCUUCAAGAAACCCAGCUUUUCCAAAAAAAAGGAAAAGGAUUUUAAAAUAAAAGAGAAACCCAAAGAUGAAAAACACAAGGAAGAAAAACAUAAGGAAGACAAACAUAAAGAGAAGAAGUCAAAAGACUUAACUGCGGCAGAUGUUGUAAAACAGUGGAAAGAGAAGAAGAAAAAGAAAAAGCCAAUUCAGGAGACAGAGAUACCUCAAGUGGAUGUUCCAAGUCAUAGACCCGUGUUUGGCAUUCCUUUGUCUGAUGCAGUAGACAGGACCAUGAUGUACGAUGGCGUCCGCCUGCCAGCAGUUUUCCGUGAAUGUGUAGAUUACGUAGAGAAGUAUGGCAUGAAAUGUGAAGGCAUCUACAGAGUUUCAGGAAUAAAAUCAAAAGUUGAUGAGCUAAAAGCAGCCUAUGAUCGAGAAGAAUCUCCCAACCUGGAAGAAUAUGAGCCCAAUACAGUAGCCAGCUUGCUGAAACAGUACCUACGAGAACUGCCUGAAAACUUGCUUACCAAAGAGCUCAUGCCCCGCUUUGAAGAUGCUUGUGGGAAGAGCACAGAGGCUGAGAAAGUUCAGGAGUGCCAGAGGCUGCUGAAAGAGUUGCCGGAGUGUAACCAUCUCCUGAUUUCUUGGCUGAUUGUGCACAUGGACCAUGUCAUUGCAAAGGAACUGGAAACAAAAAUGAACAUCCAGAAUAUUUCUAUAGUGCUCAGCCCUACUGUCCAGAUCAGCAACCGUGUCCUGUAUGUAUUUUUUACGCAUGUUCAAGAGUUCUUUGGGAAUGUGACCCUGAAGCAGGUGACAAAACCUCUUCGCUGGUCAAAUAUGGCAACAAUGCCAGCACUUCCAGAAACACAAGAAAGCAUCAAGGAAGAAAUCAGGCGACAGGAGUUCCUACUGAACUGUUUACACAGAGACUUGCAGGCAGGGAUAAAAGACUUAUCCAAAGAAGAGAGACUCUGGGAGGUGCAAAGAAUUUUAACAGCUCUGAAGAGGAAACUAAGAGAAGCUAAGAGACAGGAGUGUGAGACAAAGAUUGCACAAGAAAUUGCCAGCCUUUCAAAGGAGGAUGUCUCCAAAGAAGAAAUGAAUGAAAAUGAAGAAGUUAUAAAUAUUCUGCUUGCGCAGGAGAACGAGAUUUUAACAGAACAAGAAGAACUGCUGGCCAUGGAGCAGUUCCUGCGGAGACAGAUUGCCUCAGAGAAGGAAGAAAUAGAUCGCCUUCGAGCCGAAAUAGCUGAAAUACAAAGUCGUCAGCAGCAUGGCCGAAGUGAAACCGAGGAGUACUCUUCUGAGAGUGAAAGUGAGAGUGAGGAUGAGGAGGAACUGCAGGUCAUCUUGGAAGAUUUGCAGAGACAGAACGAAGAAUUAGAGAUAAAGAACAACCACCUGAACCAGGCGAUUCACGAGGAGCGAGAGGCCAUCAUAGAACUGCGGGUGCAGCUCCGGCUACUGCAGCGAGCCAAGUCGGAGCAGCAGGUGCAGGAGGAAGAGGACGCAGAAAAACGCGGGGUUGUUUCUCAGCAGCAGCAGCAGCAGCAGCAGAGAGACAGUGUCCUGGAGACAAAAGCAGCCAAAGAGCAGCCAAAAGCAAGCAAGGAGCAGCAAGUGAAGCCAUCACCAAGCAAAGACAGGAAAGAAACUCCAAUUUGAUCAGGCUCCUUGGAUAUGUGUGAAACCAACUGAACUGUGCAAAUUACUGUAAUUUGAGUCAAACUGCACAACUGAGCAUUGCUGGCUGUGUACAUUCUGUAAAGAAACCUUU